GCGGCCCAAAGCAGAAACCCCAGAAUUCGCAAAACAGAGAAACUCGAGCCUGCGAGAGCGACUGACGCCAAAGGAGCAAAACCCUCGCGAAAACCUCCAUACUCUCUCCUCACUCCUUCAGAAGCAAGCAAUUGCAGAGGGAACAAAAAGCUCUAGAGAUGGGAAGCAGACUUGGAAGAAGAGUCGUUCACUUCGCAAACCUACCAAUUAAGCUCCUCAUGCCCAACACUUUCACCAACAUCAGAGAAAUCGCACUCAAAACAAUUCCGUCAGCCUCCAAGAUCGAGAUCAAGCGCGUUCUCGAAUCUCUCUACGGUUUCGAGGUUGACAAGGUCCGCACGCUCAACAUGGAAGGGAAGAAGAAGAAGCGUGGGGGCCUGUUAAUUGCAAAACCGGACUACAAGAAAGCCUACGUCACCCUGAAGAACCCAUUGUCGAUAUCGCAGGAUCUGUUCCCUAUAAGGUUUAUAGAGGAAGAGAAGCGAAGCAAGGAGAAGGGGUCGAGCUUCGUGGAGGAAGGGGAUGGAAAGAAGAAACAUUGGCUUGAUGAGAAGGACAAAGAGAGUAGUGGAAAUGAGAGAGGUAGAUUUCGUGGUAGAGGUGACAAGGAGGCCAUGGCAUCUGGGGCGAAGUUUCCAUGGAGCAGCAUGAGGAGUGUAAGGUAGGGCUGUCGACAAACGUCCUUUUUUUUUUCUUCUUUUGGUGUGCCUUUUCGGGUUAUUAUUCUGUACCAACUUCGUAUGGGAUUAAUAAGAGGCUAAUGAUGUAAGAUUUGGUGUUUAUGUGAUUGAUAUGAUCUGAUAAGUGGAUGGGAGCUGUUUCAGUAGGAUAUGAAGGAUUGCCCUUGAAAUGGUAGCUUAUAUGCACUGGACAUGACCCAUUUUCAUAGCCUGGAAUGUUAGAGAUGCACGAGAACUGACCAAAUAUUUGUAUUAUUUUUAUUAAUUCUUUUUUUAAUCCAAUGCCUUGGUAUACAAUGCAAGUU